UACACACACACACACACACAUCACAAUCACCACCAGCUUCACAAGUCCCUGCUGGAAAAGUGCCCUGCCUCUAGAUGUGUUGGAGUGAAUGAGAGAGCGAGUUAAGGCAGAGCCAGAGAGAGAGAGAGAGAGAGAGAGAGAGAGAGAGAGAGAAAGGGAGUGUGUGUACUGGGGAACAGGAGGGAGGCUGGACUGUGGAGAGUUUGAGGGAUCUUGAGGCAGAAGUGAUGAAGUGGAUCUAGUCUGAGUGCCAGUGGGGAGGACAGAUGUACCCAGAACCAGCCCUGCUCCUCAGCAAACACACAACAGACACACAGACACAGACCCUUCACACAUAUCAGGAACUCAGGACAACCUGUAGAUGACACCGCUGGAGGGCACUUUGCAGCCCAGAGAGUCCUCAUGCAUUUUUGAGGUUAUGAGUUUCAGCACCUGGUCGCAAUCAGGGCUCUCGACAAGUCUCCGCGGAGGCUCCACAAGUGCUUCCCGGUGAUGGACACCCUCUGAAGAUACGUCUGGAGUCGAAGAGUGGCAGACAAGGAGGCAGUGCGAGAAGUGAAAGUGCGAUGGCUCUAUUCACAAGAGCAUCUCAAUCCAACCUGACAGAGCAGCAGGGGAUUUAAGUGGAAGAGAGAAGGAAACAAAGAAACGAAAGAAGAAAAAAAAAGCCUGGGACAAUUUUCUGCAAUCACAGCACAUACUGAGACACAAGGCAUAUCCACGCUUCAUCAUGAAGCUCCCUCUCUUGGUCCUGCUGGCGGCGUCCCUAGCUCCUGGACCUGGGCCUGCUGUUCAGGGAGAAGCCCAGGAGAUUGAGAGCCAUGACGACGCCCUGGAACCAGAGUUCAUGUAUGCCGCGCGUCCCAAACGCGCCGCGGAGGCGCCCAUUCCCGUCGCCGCCGCCUCUCAGACGGACAAGUGCUCCUACACGUUCAUCGUCCCCCAGCAGAAGGCCACGGGGGCCAUCUGCGUCAACUCCAGGUCGCCGGAGGGCCAGGCGGAGACGCGCGUCAACAAGCAGGAGCUGGAGGUGGUCAACAGCGAGCUGCACAAGCAGCGGCGGCAGAUCGAGUCGCUGCAGCAGCUGGUGGAGGUGGACGGCGGCGUGGUCAACGAGGUCAAGCUGCUGCGCAAGGAGAGCCGCAACAUGAACGCACGCGUCACGCAGCUCUACAUGCAGCUGCUGCACGAGAUCAUCCGCAAGCGCGACAACGCGCUGGAGGUGGCCCAGUUGGAGAACCGCGUGCUCAACCACACCGCCGAGAUGCAGCAGCUGGUGUCGCGCUACCGCGACCUGGAGCACAAGUACCAGCACCUGGCCUCGCUCGCCAGCAACCAGAGCGCCGCCAUCGUGCAGCUGGAGGAGCACUGCCGGCGGACGCACGCCUUCGGAGGGGAGCGCGAGCGGGAGAGGCCGUUGCCGCGCGCGAGGCAGCCGCAGCCACAGCCACUGCCGCCACAGCAGCAGCAGCCGCCCGCGAUGCCCCAGCAUCCUCCUCAGCGACCGCAGCAUCCCAUGACUCCAGUCAGGGCGUACCACCCGCCCACUUACACGCGCAAUAGCAACAACCAGAUAACCAAUGAGAUACAGAGCGACCAGAACUCCAAGGCUUUGCUGCAACCGCUGCCCACGAUGGCGUAUGGAGCCCAGAGCUCGUCCAGCACAGAUAAACCUUCUGGACCUUUCAAGGACUGUCUGCAUGCUCUGGAGGAAGGCCACGCCACCAGUGGCAUGUACCUGGUGAAGCCGGAGAACGCUAACCGGCUGAUGCAGGUGUGGUGUGACCAGAGGCACGACCCAGGUGGCUGGACGGUCAUCCAGAGACGCCUAGAUGGAUCAGUCAACUUCUUCAGAAACUGGGAGACAUAUAAGCAAGGCUUUGGAAACAUUGAUGGUGAGUACUGGCUAGGUCUGGAGCACAUCUACUGGUUGACCAACCAGGGCAACUACAAGCUGCUGGUGACCCUGGAGGACUGGUCGGGCAGGAAGACGUUUGCCGAGUAUGCCAGUUUCCGCCUCGAGCCCGAGACAGAGUUCUACAAGCUAAGGGUGGGCCGUUACCAUGGUAAUGCCGGGGACUCCCUGACCUGGCACAAUGGGAAACAGUUUACCACCCUGGACAGAGAUCACGACAUGUACACAGGUAACUGCGCCCACUACCAGAAGGGAGGGUGGUGGUAUAAUGCCUGUGCCCAUUCCAACCUUAAUGGCGUGUGGUACAGGGGAGGGCACUAUCGCAGUCGCUACCAGGAUGGCGUAUACUGGGCUGAGUUCCGUGGUGGGGCCUACUCCUUGAAGAAGGUCACCAUGAUGAUUCGGCCGAACCCAAACACGUACCAUUAGAACCAUCCCCGCCAAAUGACUGCAGUUACAGCACAAACAGAAGUGGUUCAGAAUAUACACAAUGAGUUUUUUUUUCUCCCCAAUCUCAGAAAAAUAAGUGCAAUUAAACUAAGUUAAAUGUU